AUGUUGAGUCAAGGUUCAAGUCUAUAUAAUCCUUCAAAAAAACAACAACAACAACAACCACCACUACCACCACCACACGAUUCUUAUCCGUCCUAUACAGCUCCGCAGCCAGUUGUCUAUGGAGAAUAUCCACCUCAACAGACAGGUCUUUUCGGCCCAUACUCUCCAAAAGGAGGCAACGAUAAUGCUCAAUAUCAAUCAGAACAAGCUAAUAAACAAACACCUCCAUAUGUUGAUCCAAAUACAGCUCCUGGUUAUGAACAAACUCAAAUACCAUUUCAAGGCACAGCCAGUCUUUCACCGAGUCAAAUUGCUAAAGAUGAAGAACAAGCUGCAUGGGGUAAUUUUAAUGGAUUUGGAAAUAAAGAAAUUCGUCGUGCAUUUGUUCGAAAGGUCUAUCUUCUUCUUAUGUUGCAACUAUUGGUCACAUUUGGCAUCAUUGCAAUAUUUCAUUUUACACCAUCAGUUCGUGCUUAUGUUCAAUCUCCUGGCGGUCGAUGGGCUUAUUGGUCAUCUUAUGGUGUAUUUAUGGUUACAUAUUUAGCAUUAGCGUGUUGCAAAAAUAUUGGACGUCGAUUUCCAGUUAAUCUUAUUUUGCUUAGUCUAUUGACUUUAUCAAUGGCUUAUAUGAUGGGUAUGAUAUCUGCAUUCUAUGAUAUUGAAUCAGUAUUUCUUGCUGUUGCAAUAACAAGUUUUGUUUGUUUUGGUGUAACAUUAUUUUCAUUUCAAACUAAAUUUGAUUUUACAUCAUGUAUUGGCAUUUUAUUUGUUAUUUCAUUAGCAUUAAUAGGUUUUGGUAUUGCUUGUAUUUUUACCUAUUCAAAAAUAGUGUAUACACUCUAUGCUGGUCUUGGAGCUGUGGCCUUUUCAAUUUUCUUGGCAGUUGAUACGCAAUUAAUCAUGGGUGGAAAACGACAUGAAAUCAAUGCUGAAGAUCAUGUAUUUGCAGCAAUGAUGCUUUAUCUCGAUGUCGUUUAUAUCUUUAUGUAUAUUCUUAUGUUACUGGGUAAACGUGAAUAA